AUGCAGCUCCCCCAGCUCCCCCUCAGCCUCCUCGCCGUCCUCCUCCUCGGCGCAACGGCGACGGCGCAGAAGACAGGCCCGAACGGCAAGCGCAUCUGUGUCGGCGGCGCCAUCUCGUGCCAGUACGAAAAGGGCCGCUGCGCCAACAUCUGCGGCGACUCCUUCGUCAACGGGCAGGGCACGCCGGCCUUCAUCGACCCCAACUGCUCGUGCCCCGAGGGUCAGGCGGAUAACAGGUACACGGGCGCGGCGUGUAUCGAUGUGGGAGGGGAUGUGGAUGAGGAAGAAGAAGUGUGA